CACCGCUGUAACAAAAAAAAAAAAACACACACCAAACCAUAAGCUUAAAAGACUGACACAAAUUAUGGCAUCAAUAGAGAUUUGAUGUCUUUGUUCAUCAAAGUACACAUCAACAAAAGCAAAACAUAGACAAAAGAGAGAAAGAGAGAAGCUUUACCUUUCUCUAUAAGGCAAAACAAAACCCUUUCUCCUCUCUCUCUCUUUCUUCAUGUAACUUCACUCCCCUCCCUCCAUGCAUCACUCCUCCGCCGCCGUCUCCGGCGAACUAACAAAACCACAAACUGCAACCGCUCCACUCCAACCACUUCUUGACUUAAUCACAAACGUCCUCUCUCUUCUCCUCCUCUCUUCACUCACCGUCCGUUCUUUCAUCGGACGGUGGCAAAUCCUCCGAUCUAAACUCUUCUCUUUAACCACAUCUCUCUCUUCUUUAUCAGACUCACCUCAUUGGUCACAAAACCCUCUCCUCCACACUCUUCUCCCUUCACUCCUCUCCAAUCUCCAACGUCUCACUUCUCUCUCCGACCAAUGCUCCUCCGCUUCAUUCUCCGGUGGUAAACUCCUCAUGCAAAGUGACUUAGACAUUGCUUCAUCUUCUCUUUCAACUCAUAUAAGUGACCUUGACCUCCUCCUCAGAUCUGGUGUCCUUCACCAACAAAACGCUAUCGUUUUAUCACUCCCACCUCCUUCCUCUGAUAAAGAUGACAUUGCUUUCUUCAUCAAAGAUCUCUUCACUCGUCUCCAAAUCGGUGGAGCUGAAUUCAAGAAAAAGUCUUUAGAAUCUCUUCUUCAGCUACUUACAGAUAAUGAAAAAAACUCAAGAAUCAUUGCUAAAGAAGGUAACGUUGGUUACUUAGUAACUCUCCUUGAUCUCCAUCAUCAUCCCUUGAUUCGUGAACAUGCACUCGCCGCCGUAUCGUUACUAACUUCAUCAAGCGUCGAUUCGAGAAAGACGGUGUUCGAAGAAGGCGGAUUAGGUCCGUUACUAAGACUACUCGAAACCGGAUCUCCACCGUUGAAAACAAGAGCCGCCGUUGCGAUUGAAGCUAUAACCACCGAUCCAGAAACCGCUUGGGGUAUCUCAGCUUACGGCGGAGUAACAAUCUUAAUCGAAGCUGUUAGAUCAGGAUCUAACGAAGUACAAGAACACAUCGCCGGAGCUAUAAGCAACAUCGCCGCCGUUGAAGAAAUCAGAACAAAUCUAGCUGAAGAAGGAGCUGUUACGGUUCUUCUCCCACUCUUAAUCUCAUCUUCAACAUCAACACAAGAGAAGACGGCGAGCUUCAUCUCGUUAAUCUCAUCUUCCGGUGAGUAUUUCAGAGAUUUGAUUGUUAGAGAAAGAGGAUUACAGAUUCUGAUUCGUUUAGUUCAGGAAUCAUCAAAUCCCGAUACAAUCGAACACGCUUUGCUUUCUCUUACUCAGAUCUCCGCCAUGGAUACGGUUUCCAAGGUCUUAUCAUCAUCAACAACGUUUAUAAUCAGAUUAAGCGAAUUGAUAAAACACGGAAACGUGAUUCUUCAACAGAUCUCAUCAUCGCUUCUAUCGAAACUUACGAUUAGCGACGGAAACAAAAGAGCCGUCGCCGAUUGUUUAACCUCGUUGAUUAGGUUAAUGGAAUCGCCGAAACCGGCGGGGUUACAAGAAGCGGCGACGGAAGCGGUGAAGUCGUUGUUGACGGUUAGAUCGAAUCGGAAAGAGUUGAUUAAAGACGAGAAGAGUGUGAUUCGAUUGGUGCAGAUGUUAGAUCCGAGGAACGAGAGGAUGGGGAAUAAAGAGCUUCCGGUGAUGGUUGUUACGGCGGUUUUAUCCGGCGGAAGUUACGCGGCGAGGACGAGGUUGAUGAGUUUAGGAGCUGAUCGGUAUCUUCAAUCUCUGGAGGAGAUGGAAGUUUCCGGUGCUAAGAAAGCGUUACAGAGACUCGCCGCCGGUAAUAGGCUUAAGAGUAUCUUCACUAGAGCUUGGAAAGAUCACUAAAGGUGUGAAGGGAUUCAAAUGUGGAAGAGACCUGGAAAGUGGUGACUUCUACUUUUGACUACAAGUGAAGAUUUUGAUUUCAUACAACACCACACAUCAACAAUCAAUUUUUUUUUUCCUUCACUAAAUAUGAAAAUCCUAAUAUUUUAUUUUUAACUAUUUAUCAAAAGUCAUGGAUGCAGGUUUUUUUGUAGUAUCCUCCUUCUAUAUUUUUCUUUUUGUUUUUUUUUUUUUUUUUCUUGAGGAUGAUCUCAUGUGUAAGGUUCUGAGUGGAGAGCUUUUUUUUUGUUGUUGUUUCCACAUUGUGUGAUAAUAUAUUGUAAAUGACUCUUUGAGUUUUUGAUAUGUAGGAGUACUAAGUAUUGUAAUUGUCUAUUUUGUGAGCAAUCUUAAGAGUGUUGAUCUUUCUUGUA